AGAGGGUUGCUUAGCGACAGUCAGCUGAAACAGCUGGCGGGAAAAAGCGGCGAGUGUUUUUAAAGCUUCCUCGUCUGAUAACCGAGUUUACAUAAAACUUCACAUGACUAUCUAAACAUUUGGCUGUUCAGUGAACAACUUUUAGAAAUGGCACCAGUUAAAAUUAAACAUGUCGUCUCCUUCACGUCAGAGGACCCCAAGCACCGUGUGGUGAACCUGUGCUCUGGCGGUGAAGGAAGCAGCCCGUGGCUCUGUAGUGCAGCGGAGAGGAGCGGCCUUCUGAAAGCCGAGCUGCAGCUGGACAGAGCUUCUAGCAUCGCCUUUAUUGACGUUGGAAACCACGGCUCCGCAUUCAUUCAGGUGGACGUGGGACGUUCUUCCUGGCCUAUAGAUCAUCCUUAUGUCACACUGCUGCCCACUGCAACCCUGAUGAGCCCGGCUGAUUCACGACAAGGCACAGGAAAGCACAGUGUGCGCAUGUUCAAAAAAGGUGACUUUUUACCCCAGGCUGCUGAAGAGAGCUGGGACAGGCUGAGGGUCACCUGCAGUCAGCCCUUUAACAAACGCAACCAAUUUGGCCUGUCUUUCUUUCGUAUUCGCACUGCUGAUGAACAUGAUGAAGAGCCAUCUGCCAAUCAGGAGAACCCAACUACCCAAAACCAGACUACACCAGACAAGAUGUGGUCAGUAAGAGAUUGGAUCUCUAGCCCUCCUGUACAGCACACCUUCUUUGGCCAAAAGACAGGAGAAAGCUCUCCAGGAGAACCCACAAAGGAUCAUGGGAAACUGAGCAGGGCUGAACGCAUGGUAACAGCUGCACAGUCAACCAGGCGUUCUCUACACAAAACCUCCUGCAAUGCAUCAGUCAGCAGUAGUGAGAGACAAGAGAAGACCCAGAACAAACAGCAGGGUCCAGCCAGGACUCCUCAGGCAUGCCGGAGAAAGUCAGAAACAAUACAAAAGCAGGCAAGCCUGUCCUCAACUCCCAAGAGGUCCGGAUGUGGUACAUCAGAUGUUACUGCCACCCAGAAGAAAAAUAAUGUGCUCAGACACAGUCCUGAUAAAUCUCAUAUACCAGCAACAUCACUACAGAUGAACAGCCCAGAUUAUCCUGAAUCUCCUGAGACUGUAUGCCCAAUAUGUGGAGUGUCUUUCAGUUCAGACUACUUGCCCCUUCAUGCCUCUUCCUGUCUGGAUUCUGCUGCAUUCUCGAGUGUCACAGAGAGAGAACUUGGGUCAUCUUUUUCCAUUCAUCAACCUUCUGAUCCAAGCACAGAUGAGCUCAUGGUGCCAUGUCCUCUGUGCUCCUUCAGAUUCCCUAUAGACUGCAUCCAACAGCAUGCCAGUACCUGUGGUGACUAAGUGUAGUCCUGACUGGGUAAAAUCCCUCGGUCAAAUAAAUACAGUAUAUAUGUAUAUAUAAAAUAAAAUAAAUUAUUACAGCAAGUCUGUACACAAUGUCGGUAUAUUUAACGAAAUAAUGAAGUCAUUUGUGUGUGGCUUCUUACACCUCAGCUGGAGGACAAGGAGUAUCAGAGUCACCAUGUUUUCCAAUGAUAUCUAAUAUCUUGGUGGAUGUAAUGGGCUUGGAAAUAAAAUCAUGGACUGAGUCUGACACAAAAAGAUGAUACAGGUGCCUUUGUAUUAUUUGAAUAUUUUAUACUUAAUUCUUAAUAUUGUUGUCUUUAGAAACUGGAAUGUUUUUACGCAAAUAUUUUGUACUGUUUUGUUCACCUUUUUAUGGUGUCA